AUGUCAAACCAAGAAUUGAAGACGAAGUUGAACGAAUUCUUCGAACGUCAUGCACAUCAAGACUUGACUAGCCAACAAAAUGCUGAAAUCUUCAAAAACUUGUACAGUCAAUUUUUAAACGACCAGCAUCACAUUGAUUGGAGUUCUUGGAAAUUCAUCAAUGAGGAACAUCAAGUGACUCUUCGUGAGUUGCCACUCUUCGACAAAGCUAGGUACGAGAUAAGAAAAGAUGUUGUCAAUAAACUAGCUGUGAUAAAAUUGAAUGGAGGACUCGGAACCACGAUGGGAUGUACGAAAGCAAAAUCUCUUAUUGAAGUUCGAGAUGGAUACACUUUCAUGGAUUUGGCUGUGUUGGAGCAUGAAAAAAUGUGUCAGUUGUAUGGAGUCGACGUUCCACUCUACCUCAUGAACUCGUUUUACACCGACGAUGAUACCAAAUCAUACCUGUCGUUGAAAGGAUAUGACAAAGUGAGAACAUUUGUACAAUCCAAAUGUCCUAGACUUGAUGCUCAGACUAAAUUACCAGUUGAUGAUGAAAGCUGGGGAGAUGACGCUUGGUGUCCUCCAGGACACGGAAAUAUAUUCCAGUCUCUUCAAAAUACAGGCGUUCUUGAUCAACUUCUCUCUCAAGGGCGUGAAAUCAUUUUCGUUUCGAACAUCGACAAUACCGGAGCAAAUGCAGAUUUUCAAAUUGUGAAACUUAUGCUGGAUAACCACGUUGACUACGUCAUGGAAUGUACUCCAAAAACUCAUGUCGACGUCAAAGGUGGAACUCUGAUUGAAAUAAACAACCAAAUGAUGCACCUAGAGAUGCCGCAAGUUCCACCAGAACACUUGCCGGAUUUCUGCUCCACUAAAACUUUCAAAAUAUUCAACACAAAUAACAUUUGGGUCAAUUUGAAGGCUGUCAAAAAUCGAUUGCCAGAUAUCAAAAGUGAAAUUAUUGUCAACAAGAAAAAAGUCAGAGGACGAGAAGUGCUCCAAUUAGAGUUUUCUAUUGGAGGGUGUAUCAAAAAUUUUGCAAAUGCUCUUUGUGUUCAUGUGGAACGAAGCCGGUUCCGACCGGUAAAAAAUCUUGGAGAUUUUCUGUCUCUUCGUUCAUCUCUUUGUGAUUUGGAUACGGACACAUUUCAAAUUCAUCACAACGACACGAUGGGCGUUCCUCCUGUUAUCAGCAUGGAUUCAUCAGUAUACACAAGUGUGGAGGAAGUCAACAUGAAAUUUCCGUACCCAUUGAUCUUUAAAAACUGUCAAGAAUUCAAUGUAAUCGGAGACGUGACAUUUGGAAAAAACGUACAACUCACUGGAAAAGUUACUGUCGAAGUAGAAACUCAGCAAAAAUAUGUCGUACCCGAUGGUACAGUUCUCAAUAACCAGCACUUAAUUUUGAAACGCUCAUAA